AUGGAAGUAGAUGAACCGGUUGGAAUCCAACUUCCGAUAGAAGUCUGGGAGUCUAUUUUUCGAGAAAUAGACGACCCGUUUGCGCUGAUAAAGUGUCAGGAAAUAUGCGAAAGUUUUUAUUGGAUUGUUAGUAAUCAACUUCCAAAUUACGAAUGGCGGCGCCGUGCAAAAGAUCAUAUUCAUGAGUUUUAUUUUCAUGAGGUGAUGCACAAGUCUUCUCAAGAUUUCUAUAUCCGCGAAGUGCUAAAAGUCGAAGAUCGUCAGAAAUGGUUCGGUAUGUUCAGGUCUUGGUUCAAGUGGAAAAUGUUUGAUCAUAAGAAGAUUGCUGCUGCGCAGUUGAUUCCUGCUUUUAAAACGGAUACCGUUACAUGUUUUGAUGUCUGGCAUGAUAUAUUAGUUGCUGGUACAAGAUCUGGAAUGAUAGAAUUCUUCAGCGUAACGGAAGACAUCACUACAUCUAAAUUCGAUACCGCACGAAUAUUUAGCAAGUCGCAUGGUGAUGAAAUUGUACAAGUCCGACUUUGGAGCGCAAGCGAUAGUCUUGUAUUUGCAAUUUCAUUAUCAGCGGACAAAUUGGUCAAAUUUUGGAAUCUAGAAACGCAAAAAGAAAUAACUCCUGGCACUAUCUACGCUGAUCAAAUUUGCUCAAGUACAAUGCACAAUUGCUUUGCCGCACUAAGAGGAAAAAUUACAGAAUAUUACUAUGAUCAAAAAUCUGACAGAGUGACAUGCGGAGUUAAAAUAGAGCUUGAUUGCGAACAUGAUACUCUUCUUACUUUGUUGUCAUUGCACACUAAGCCGGUUAUAGUAGCAACAAAUAGAUUUGGGAUCUUAAAAACUCACAAUGUGUCGGAGCCAUUCCUUUCAAGAGAAAAACAACACUUCCAGGUUACUCAGACCUAUGGCGGAAAACCGUUGAGUCCACUAAUGAAAAAAAAAAAUAAAUUCUUGGUUACUUUCCGCAACGCAGUUAUUGGCAUCAGUGAUAAUGAGCUUUUAAUUCAUGCAAGCGGAGUUGACCACAGAAUGUUCACAAAUUUUGGGAACAGAAAUUUGAAGUCAGUAAAGACUCACGGGAAUAAUUUAUUCCUUGGGUUCUCCUCAGGUCGGGUCCAAGUGAUCAACUACAAGAAUAUUACAUUUUUAUUCAAAUUUAACUAUCGUGAUCACGAUGACAGAGAAAUAACCGUCAGUACAUCUUCUUCCGUUGACGAUAUUGUUGUUUCGGAGUUUCAAACAAGUCCUUACGUGUUUACACAAGCGAGUGAUAAGAGUCUUUAUAUAGCAUCUUUGCCAAUUGACGAUGCAAUUGUUGCUCACAGAUCAACUUGA